AUACAAAUUAAGAGGAGACUACAAACCGCAUGUUAUUUUCUUGUUAGAAGGAAAUGAAAUAAAAAAUGUUAAUUAUUAUAUAGCUAUAAAAAAUAAAAUAAUUCAAGAAUUAGACGAAUUUGAAAUAGGAGAAAACGAAGAUUUAAUACAAAUAAAAACCAUUCAAGAAAAUAAAGAAGAUACUUAUAUUUUAUAUAUAAGAGAUAUAAGUACUUCUAAAAAAUGGAUGAACAUAUUAAAGAGGUCAAAUUUUUUGUACAUAUAUAAUAGUAUAAAUACAAUAAAUGAAGAAAAUGAAGAAAUCAAAAAACAAUUAGAAAAUACAAAAAGGCUAAAUGAUAUAGAGAUAACAAAUAAGGAUAUACACAUUAAAGAGCUCAAAUGUCAAAUAAAUUCACUAAAGGAUGCCGUUGAAGAUAUAAGAACAAAAAAUAAAAGACUACAAAUCGCAGCAGAAGUAAAUGUAAAAAGUGCUGAUGAGUACCUUCAAAAAAAAAUGAAUGAAAUGGAAUUCAUGCAAAAUGAAAUAGGCAUAAAAAUGGAAGAAAACAAAAACCUCAGGGAAAAAAUACAAAAGACUACAGAAGAGUGCUACAAGAAAAGCAAAGUAUUGAAUGAACUGGAAAUUGAAAAAAAUACCCUUGAAAAAAAGAUGAAAGAUAUAAUGUUAACCUUAGAAGAAGCAUGUAGCGAUCCAGAAAAACUUACGUUAAUAAAUUAUAAUACAAAUGAAAGAUAUCAAAAGAUCGUUUUAAAUAACAACAACUUGAAAAAAGAAAUAAACAAAAUGAACGAACGCUUUUAUGAAUUGGAAGAUAGAUAUAAAGAGAAAAUAAGAACAAUAAAAGAAAUUGUAGAAAUAGGUGACAUUUUUGAUUAUUUACAUAAAUUAAUAUUAUUAUGUCAAACCAAAAUAAAGUAUUAUGAACAAGCUUAUAAAUAUAAUGAAGAACAAGAAAAAGAAAUAAUAAAUUCAAUUCAAUACAUGAUUAAAGAAACGAAAAUAUCCGAAGCACAUGCAAGAAUAUGUUAUAUUACACAUAGAUCUAAAAUAUUAGAAGAACAGUUAACUUAUUAUACUACACAUAAAAUUCCAUCAGAUUAUUUUUAUUUUGCAUGUACAACAUUAAGAAGACUUGGAUGGAUAUUUGGAGAAAUAGAAAUAUUGUCAUCAUUAAACCUUAAUCAAAAUAAUGUAUAUUCUAUAUAUUCUUAUGUAGAUAAUAUGAAUGUAAUACCUAUGCGUGAACAAAUAUUUUUUAAUGAAGGUUUAGAAGGAAGAAAUAAUUAUAAAAUUGUUAGUGAUGUUGAUAUAUAUACUAUACCAAGAAAGAUGUGCCCUUAUCGACAAAUGCAAUUAUGUGAAAAUAAAUAUAACUAUAUUAAAAUUAAAUUAAAUGACCUUAAAAAGGAUUUUAAUAUAUUUAAGAAAAAAACAAAACCACAAAAUGCAUCUAUCAUAUCUGAUUUACAGUGGGCAGAAAUGAAGAAAAAUGCUUAUCAAAGACUUGAGAGAAAUAUAUUACUUAUAGAGAAAAAGGUUGAAGAUGAGGAUGAUUUAGAAGUACAUGAGAUGUAUUAA